AUGAUCGUGCAGAUUCCAGUUUCCGUUUAUGCCGCGGAGGUUGCGCCAUCCCAUAUACGAGGGUCGCUGGUUAUGAACUGGCAAUUGUUCGAUGCAUUGGGAAUAUUCUGUGGGUUUACGGCGAAUCUUGCGGUCUCUCAAUUAGGCCCUCUUGCGUGGAGAUUUCAAACUGCGUCUGCUUUCCUUCCCACCAUCAUGAUGUUAACACUUAUUUUCGUCUGCCCAGAAAGCCCCAGGUUUUACAUGAAAAGAGGCGCUAAGUACUAUGGUGAGGCAUAUAAAUCUCUGCUUCAUUUGAGAGGCUUGCCGUUACUAGCAGCAAAAGAGCUCUUCUACUGUCAUCUGCAGAUUGAACUAGAAAAGAAAUUGCUGUCACCAAAAAGUCAUGACGCAGAGCAGCGUCUCAAAGCCCAUGAAGAACCAAGAGAAUUUCAUGCCAACGACCAGCCAGGGCUGCGUUCAAGAAAGGCCCGAAGUGUGGACCAUUGCAGCACACAUGCUGAGGUCUACAGAAGCCCUUCAGUGGCUAAUGAGGAAAGUACCGAAGCAUCAAAAGACGGAGCUUCGGAAGACCAAGGUAACCGCUCGAAGAUUCUCACACUUGAAUUCCGAAACCGAAGACACUCGGUGAGGUCCAAAAAUAACUGCAUGCAUCUGUGGCAUCGAUUCAUAGCUCCACAAAGCCACUCUAUCAACUACUGGCAGAAAUUGGGACAGCUCUUCACAAAAGGCCGCAUUCGCAGGGUAACUUCGAGAGCAGCUCUCGCCUUAGCUUUGCUAAUCGUCGACCAGGCCACAAUCGCAGCCGGAGUCUGCAUGAUAUCACAACAGCUAUGUGGGGUGAACGCGCUAGCAUUCUAUUCUUCCACUCUCUUCCGCGAUGCUCAAGCACCAGGGAUAGACGCUCUUUGGUUAAGUUGGGGUAUAGGAUUGGUUAAUUUUGUCUCUGGACUUCCCGCGUACUGGCUCAUUGAUAGAUAUGGGAGACGGUUUCUACUCCUGAUAACAAUACCUGGUCUCGCACUCUCAAUGCUCGCCGCCGCCUUCAGUUUCAAUAUUCCCGAAGAACAGCAGAAGGCUCACACAGGCGUGAUAAGCCUCUUCUGGUUCAUCUUUAUGGCUAUCUACUCGUUGGGCAUGGGCCCUGUGCCAUUCAGCUUGAGUGCGGAGGUCUUCCCCCUGGAGAAUCGCGUUGUAGGCAUGUCGUUUGCAGUCUUCUUGAAUUUUCUUGGUGCUGGUAUACUCACUCUUGUGGUUCCUCCUUUGACGGAUGUCAAGCACACAAAGAUAUUGUCCGUUUUCGCAGGUGCGCACCCGUCUUGUUUGACCCCGUUCAUCAUCAUCAAUAGAGUGUCCAAUACUGACCUCAGAUGCGACACAGCCUUGAAUGUUGUUGCAUUCAUUCUUGUCUUCUUCUUCGGUAUGCUCCUAAUGCUGCUUCACUUCCUAGCAAUGCCUCUUACAGAACCCACAGUCCGCGAAACAGCCGGCGCAACUCUCAGCAGAACGCCAGGCAACCUGAAUCCCAUGUCCCUAGAAGAGCUGAAUUAUAUCUUCGGUGUCCGAAACUUCGAACACAUCGAAUACCAAGUGAAAACGGUUGUCCCAUGGGCGUUCAAUCGUUACAUUCGCCGGAUGGAUCCACCAGAAUGUCCUGAGCACCCGAAGCAGCUCUAUAAAUGGGCGUGGGAAGUCGAAAAGAGUCGUAAAGAAAAGCAGCAGCAGCAGGAGGCACAGGCUUUGCAGAUGGAGGAAGAGCAGGAGGCAAAUGCAGGGGGGGUGGGGGAGAUUGAGAGGAUACCGUGA